CUUCUAUCAAGCUUGAUUAUUGUAUCUCCACACUGACAGUUACGACUCCUCUAUGCAGCUUCAGGUUGCCGCCUUAGGCUUACUGGUACAUUAGUCUAUAUAUAGAGUGGCUAUAUUCGCAAACUAUAACUAGUCUACAACAACUGUGAUCCUUGCCUAGUUCGAGCUUUGUAUCAGAGUCCCAAGGCUCUUGUAUCUUCAAGUUCUAGGCUCACCGUGGGCACAUCACCAUCAGACUGUGGGGGUGUGUUGUGCCAUUGCUCUACGCAGCUCACACCCGUCCCAUCACGGGAACCUCACCAUCUGCUCCAUCAGAAUGCCCAUCACAGGGGUGUACUUCAUCCCGUCCAACCCCAAUGCCUCGACGGUGCUCGCAACCGUAACCGAGCGCCUCCACACAGCUCUCGCCGACGAGCCCACCCUCGUCGGCCGGUGGUUCCUCGAACACAAGCUCAUGCGAGAUACCCCAUCCUGCCUGACAGCGUCCGCAUCAUCACAGCAGCGCCAAGCGCAGCCGCGCUACAUGCAGUUCCUCUCCCUGUCCUACCACGCCAACCACGGCUUCAUCUACACCUCUGAACCUACCUCUAACUCAGCGCCCUCCAGCAGCCAGGCAUCAUCCUCAUCAUCGCCAGCGGCCCAGCCCGCCGGCCCGAUGGUCAUGACGACCGUCCCGCUAGCCUCCAGCAACGCCCUCUUCCACCACUUCGGCUACGCCUGCCAACCGUUCUGGUGCCACCGCCACACCGUCACCGUGCCCGGCGGCGCGGUCUACGACGUGGGCGAUUUCCGCGUGCGCGUCGGCGACGUGCGCCAGACCCAGCCCACCGCACGGGUCCGCGGGACCGUGGUGGAGAUCGAAUGGCGCGGUCCGUCUCUGGUCGGUUCGAUUGCCGCGCAGACCUUGGUCAGGAAGAUGAAGGCAUCCAGUCCGGUCGUGGCCGCCGACGGUGGUGAUCUCGAUGACGCCGGGAUGGACAUGGGCGGCUUCUUCCCGGAGGCAGUGGAAGAGGCUGAUGUUGAUGCCGAGUAUGCGGCGAGUGCGGCGCUGAUUCGGGAGUUCUGGGCUCGGUUGGGGAUCGAGGGCGCGCGCGAGGCCAUCCUCGUGCCAGAUGUGGGGAAGGAGGUCAAGGAGCAACUGCGGCAGCUCAAGGGCGAACGACCGCAGCCGGUGUCGGAUGAGAAGCGUGAGCUGCAGAUGGACGAAGAUCCGGACCCGGCUGCUGGAGUGGAUUCGGCCAGGCAGUAUAUGGAGAUCUUUAGGUUCAAUCGGUGA